UGCCAGGACCAGGUUGUGCGCAAUGGCGGUAUAGAUUCUGUCCGACUUGUCGUCCUUCUCUUCCUCGAAGUCUCGGAAAGUCUGCUGGACGCACUCCAGCGCCUCUUCGUUGGUGAGUCUCUCCCACAGUCCGUCCGAUGCCAUUAUGAACACCUCUCUCUCGGUGUACUUGUGGGUCGAGAGUUCGUGGACUCUGACCUCUGGGAUCGGAGUGAGGAAGGGUUUGAUCCACUGUCCGCCGGGCGCCUCUAGAUCGUGGUCUCCGAAACCUCGAGUGGUACCGAUGGUGGCCAUGAGGCGGGCCCUCUUCCCGUGGCCAAUUAUCAUGGGGACUCGGUUCACGUCGUCACCAGAGACAAUGCGGUAGGACCAACCGGACAUGUGCCGGUCGCGAAACAAGACCUUCUGUCCGAGGUCCUUCUUGCGGAGCCUCCGUUGGAACUCGAUGCGACCAAAGUGUUUCCCCAGUAGCUGUGGCUGGAGGAAGGCGAGCGUCUGGAGCCGUUUUCUGUCGGUCUCGGGGGUGAAGUCCAUGGAGAGAGGAAUUAUGUCCUGCAGGUUAUUGGCGACGAGGAUUGCCCGACAGUCUCCGGCGUUGGCCACGUAGAGUUUCUGCUGGAGAAACAGCGCUACGAUAGCUGUGCAGCCUCCCUUGAUGCUGUAGGUGGCACGCUCGCGGCGAAUCUGGUCGUCCAUCUCGGCAAACGCCUCCUCCAGCGCCCCCUGUACCAGCAGCUCUGUGGGGAUGGGCUCAGUGAUGCAGCCCAGCCCAGGGUCAUCCUCUGCUAUCACCUCGGCCUGCUGUAGAGCCAGAAAGUGCUUCACGGCGCCCAGUUUCUCUCUGAUGUGUAUGUGCAUCGUGUGAGCGGCUGUCAGGGCCGCCCCAGUCCCCGCGUGCCCGUCGAAGAUGCAGAACAAAGUGUAGGGGAUGUUGGCUACGGUCUUGUCUGGACCAGCGCCAGGGACGUGGAGGGAGCCAAUGUGCAUGGCGGCCUGGUCCUCAUUCGAGUAGAGGCUCUUGCCCGAGUUUAUCGUCUCGGCGUAGCCCGUGCUCCAAGGCAUUCGGGACGGGUCGCUGGGCGUAAGGAUGAGUCGCUGGCCGUGGUCUUUGGCGGCGUCUGCCUGCUUCUGCGUUAUCUCCAGGAACACGGGGCGGGCACACUCGUACUUGACGGGCAGUUUCUCGUUCUUGCUCCUCUCAGAGAUGUGGGGAAUCGACUCCAGCCCUUCCAUCGCCAUGAUGAUGAGUGGGCGGACGAAACUAAAGACGUUAGUGUCUUGGCAAGGCCUUAUAAUCAGCCCAGCCUUUCAGUCACCGUAUUUUGCUGUAUAGAGAGGAGUAGAAGCUGCUUUUGGCUGCGACGACUGUGAAACUGCAACGAACUCGGUUUUUUGUGUGUGUCGGGACAGAGUUUAAUCACAUGACAGUCACGUGAUAAGAUCUCGAGCGGAAAGGAGAGUGGGGCAGCCUGUCGCACCUUCUCUGCCAACUACCGACAGCCCUGGGUCCUGAUUACUGUGAAACCAGCUGGUGUGGGACUAUCACUAAGCUAUGGACGAGCAGGAGCGACAGCUGAAGCUUCAAGCAGGAAAGGAAGCUCUACAAGCCUUCCAGAAGAGAAAGAAAGCCAAGAAGAAGAAGAAGCCAAAGCCCGACUUCUCGCUCCCCGUCCCAGCCAGCACUUUCAGUCAUCUGGUGGACGAAGGAGACUAUCUUCUCAACCAGAGCGAACCUAUCCUACCCCAGUCAGCUUCACCCCUCCCACCAGAGGACUCCAGUCACCCCAGUCAGACAACCUCUCUCCCUCCCAACGCCAUUCUAUCGGGUGAUCAUCAAUUAGAAACCAAAGCUCCUCCUCCAACUGACUCAGUUCCUGCCCUUCCCCCGCCCUCCCACUCCUCACCUCCUCCAUCCCUCAUCACCGCCUCCUACCACAUCCACUCCACCCCUCUCCCUCCCUCCCACUCCACCCUCCCCACACCCCCUCCAUCACACUCUCCCAUCCCCACCACCUCUCACUCUCACAUCACUACCUUUCCCCACGACUCCCAACCUAAUGGAGACCUUGUAGCUACAGAAAGGUUCCCAAGUCCACUCAGACAGCCCACUCCUGACAAUGGAGCAAUAGCUACUCUACAAAAGGAACUAGACUAUGCUGAAGAGGAAAAGAGAGAGCUAAAGAGUGAACUAGAGGCCCUGAAAGAUCGGCAGGCACGCAUGCUGGACGAGACUAGAAACGCCGUCGCUCGUACCUACCAGGACCAGAUAGUCAAUCUACAGCAUAGCCUCGUGGAGAACCAGCGAUCGCACCAGUUACUGGAGAGACAGCUAACUGAGCUGAGGAAUCGGCAUGGCAGUGAGAUAGAGAGCGUACGGAGACAACAAGAAGCGGCUCGCAAGUCUGCACUGCAAGAGAAGGACCGAAAACACGCCGAGCACAUUCUGCGACUGACGGCCGAAUUGAGCGCCCAGCAAGAAUUUGUCGACGGUGGGAAGGAUUCUGCCGAGCAGGAGGCAGAGAGGAUCCAAAUGAUCAAAGUGAGCAUGAAAGAAAUGCACCAGAAAGAAAAGGCUCAGCUGAUUGAGGCACACGAAGAAGAGAAGCGUAGACUUGCAGAGGAACACCAGGAGCAGCUGGUUAGCCACACCCAGCAAAUGGAGCUGUUGGCAAACUCCAAGAUCCAGGAAGUCCACGGUCAAAUAAUGAGUGCCUAUCAGACACUCGCGGAGCAGAAGAGUGUGGCAGAGUCUGAACUGGGUCAAGUGCGGGACGAGCUACAGCAGACGUCCUCACGACUGGCAGUAUUCAGGCAAGAGAAGGAGCAGCUGGAGGAAGAGAACAGGAGACUUCUGGAGUCCCACUCGGCCGAGGUGGGGGAGAUGAACACAAAUGCCCACAAUCUUGAGGAGAGGGUCAACUCUUGGAAAGAGAAGGCGGCAAGUUUGGAGACUCGUCUCAGGCUCUCCGGCGAGACCGAGGAGCACUUGCAACAGCUCCGGGAGGACUACGAGGCUAAAUUACAGGGGCUCACCGCUCAAUUCGGGGAGCAGGUGGCGAGGCUGGAAUCGGACGCCAAGCGGCAGAGGGAGAGAAACGAGACUCUAGUACAACAGCUCCAGAGGGCAGAGGAGGACGCCCGAGUUUGCUACCAGGAAGAGCUGGAGACUCUGAAAUCCGAACACGGGAGCCAAGUGGAGCUACUGGAGAAAAGCAUGUCCGAGGCUCUGAGCGACAAGGGCAGUCUGGAAGCUGCUGAGGAGCACAUGAGUAGCCUCCAGAAACAGCUGAAGGCGUACCGCAUGCAGGAGAGCGACAUGAACUCCAGGAUGACUCGACUGCAGGAGGAGCAGGCCGAGGUCAUGGAACUGCUCAAACAACGCCACGAGAAGGAGAAAGAAGAAGAGAUGGAGUCCCUGCGAGGGCACUUUGUCUCUCAGAUCGAGGAGCUACAGAGGGAACUACAAGUAGAGAGAGAGCGUGUGGGUGAGGAUUCAUCCAAUGAUGCCCUUCAGGAACUUCGCUCCACGCACAGAAAAGAGCUCGAACGGCUACAGAGCACCCUACAACAGACACAGGCCGAGGCCCUCGACAACCUUCAAGCCCAGCUGCUAAAGGCCCACAAGACAAACACAGAACACUUGAAACAACAACACGAAAGUGAAGUCCAGCAGCUGAAGUCUGAAUUUGAGUCUACCUCAGAGCAGUUUGCCAAGAUGGAAGCCGAGAGCAGAGAAAAGUUCAUCAAACUACAAGAAUCUCACACUGUCGAGGUGUCUAGGCUUCAGACAGAACACAGUGAGGCUAUCAGGGAACUCCAGACAUCAUUCGAACAUCAGAGAAACCUUUCCCUCGGUGAAGCAAAUUCUCGGGUGCAGAAGAUGGAAUUGGAGCUCGUGGCUGUGAGAAACAAAGAGGCCGAGUGGCAGGAGCUGCAGGGAGACAUGAUGUCAAAGAUGGAGAGUUCCCAGAGGGAUAUCGAGAGGGGGCGGGACGUCCUGGCCCAGGCAGAGUCGACUCAGAACCUGCUCCGAGAGGAGUGUCGCGGGCUGAGUGAGCGACUGCGGACCGCUGAGUCUGACUGCAGCAUCGCACAGAGUGCCCGCGCCGGUGCCGAGCAGUCUCUGGCCCAAGUCACAAGCCAGCUGAGAGCCCAAGUGGAGCACCUGCAGGUGGAGGCCGAGAAGGUCGAAGCCGCCGAGGCCGCGAACCACGAACAGGCAGAAAAACUUCUCAGAGUCACGGACCAGCUAGCGGAGAAGAACAUGGCCGUUGCCAACCUCCAGUCCGAGAUGGACACACUCAACACGGAGGUGUUUAGUCUUACCGGGAGGUGUCAGCAGCAGGCGUCCACUGUCGAGAUGCUGCAGCGACAGCUGGAGAAUGCCGGCGCAGAGAGCGAGGAGAUUGCCCGACUCCAGCAACAACUGAGCUCGCUCGCUCCCGUCAAGGAACACAACGCGCAGCUGAAGUCAACUGUGACUCAGUUACAGGAGAUCGUCCGAUCCAAGGAACAACUCCACGGUCAACAGGUUGAAGAGCUGAACACUGAGGUAGAGCGCUUGAGGGAAGAGGUUGAAGCUGCGCACACUGCUCAUAGGGAACAAGUAGAACAGAGCACCGCUGAACUACUCAAACUGAGCACUCUUCAGUCUGACAAUGACUUGCUCACAGGCCAGGUGUCUAGUCUCACCACAGAGUGUGAGAAGAAGACCGCCAGUAUUGAAAUGUUGGAGCAACAAUUGAGUCCAAUCAACCAGCAGAAUGCACAGUUGAAGCAAUUAGUGGCUCAAUUCGAGGACACUGUCCGAUCCAAGGAUGGGACGAUAGGGGAACUACAGUACAAUCUGGAGCAGGUUCAAGGGCAGGUGUCCCGUCUGGAAAUGGCUAUCCAGUCUAAGGAUGGCGAAUUGGACCACUUGGAGACCGAAAUCAGAGAACACAACAGGCUCAAGGAAGAAGCUGAACGCCUCAGAUCUGCACUUCAAUCCAAAGACAUGGAAAUCAAGUCACUGCAGGAGACACGUGAGCAAGUGGACUUUCAGCUAAGGGAACUCAAGAUACAGUCUGAGGCUCAGCUGGAAGAAGCAACAGCGACCUCUGCAACGGAAAUUGAAGCACUCAGAGCUACAAACGAGGCUCAGGGUGCUCGAGAGAGAGAGCUGCGGGAGCAGAUCACGCAGCAAGAUGUGUCGCUGGGCCAACUAGAGUCUACCCACCAGGCCCAGCAGGAGGAGAUAGCUAGUGCCAGGGAAGAGGUCAGCCAGUUGCAGGGACGGCUACGAGAGUCUGUGGCGACCGGGAAACGGCUCCAUGGGGAGAACCAGACACUGGCUGCUGAACUGGAGGAACAGCGGGAGCAGUCGGCAUCGGUUCAGAGCGAUUCGCUAGUCGAGAUGAGGAGCAGGAACGAUGAACUGGAGCAGAGUUUGUCUGAUCUCGAAUCAGAGAGAGUUAGACUCUCUGCUGAGCUGGCUCGAGCUCGGGAGGAAAGCGACGCACAAUUUGCAGAGUCCACGAGGUCGUGGGAGAGCAAAGUCCAACAGAUGGAACAGAGUAUUACAGAACUUCGCAGCAAACUCAGCGAGAAGGAUGUGGCUUUCGCGGAGAUGCAGAACCAGCUCACCCAGAAACUUGCCGACGCCGAAAUCCAGCAACAGUACCUUCGUAGUCUGGACAUCUCACAUCUUCACAGUCCACGUGACGGGACACUCGUCUUGGGUCAAAGGUCGGCUCUCGAGGAGAGCCUCUCGCGAGCACGUCGACGACUGUCGGAGAAACUACGAGAGAAGGAAACGCUGGAGAGAGAUCUCAGUUUUCACCGGACGGAGCUGGAGCGAAGGCUCGGGGAGAAACAGAGACUGGAGGAGCUGCUGUUUGAGAAGGCGAGGUUCGAACAGGAGUUGAUGAACCAGAAGGAUCAGCUACAGUCUGAUCUGAUACAGAUUGAGUCCAAACUCCACCUCCACGUGGGCAGGGUUGGACAGCAGUACAGCAAUCACGUGGUGACACCUCCUAACCAGCGUCUCCUGACACACAGCUAGAGUUUUCACCUAAUGUUUCAUGAGCUGGAACAAGAGUCACCUUUAUUACAGGUUUCAUUUGUCUCUCCUCUAUUAGGGUUUACUCUGUACAGUAAUAUUGCACAACAACAUGUACACAUCUUUUUAUGUCCA